UUGAAGAAGUUAAAAUGGCAUACUUUUCUGCGUGAAACUUCAAAACGACAUUUUCUUAUCUUUGUCCCAGAUCUCAAAAUGUUGAUUAUAAAAGAGCGAAAACUUCACAAAAGGUUCAUUAUAUUCGAUUCUUACUCGUCUCGAGUUGGAAAAUUUCUGCACUCCGUGCCACUCACAAAUCCAAUACCAACCGCCUUUUGGUGAAAAUCGUUAAAGAAGAAAAAUAGAAAUGACCGACGGAGGACAAUCUGCAAUGGACCAAAGUGCUGUCACCGGUGCACCAACAAUGGCUUCUGAAGUCCAACCAGUCGAUGCAUCUGUUGCCCCAACUGUUUCUCCAGGAGGUGCCUCACAACUCGGAGGACAGGAGGAUGCAUCGAUUGGUUUUGUUACCAAGACAUAUGCCAACUACGUUCAGGAUAUCCAGCAAGCUGCUGAAGGACUCCGUCAACGCGCAGCUGCACUCCAACAAGAUGGUCCAGGACAACUCCAACAACUCCAAUCGCAAAUCCAACCGCAAACCCAAGAACUCAUCUCGGCUCUCCAAGAGACACAAUCUCCAAUUGGCCUUCCAACAUCUGCAGUCGUCGAAAUUUUCGGAUGGUCUUCAAUUCUGCUUCUCGGAGCUGGAAUUGCAAGCAUUAUUGGAGGAUAUGUGCUUUCUCCAAUUUUCGGAAUUUUCAUUGGAAGAGGUGGAUCGGCCAUUUUGGCAACUCUUGCCAUUCCCGCCUUCGGUGCCUAUCAACUGAACAAUGAGGAUGGAACGACAUCGGGAACACGUUUCCAACUUUUGGUUUUGGCAUUGGUUCAAGGACUUUUGAUGGGGCACUCAAUUUCAUACACUUAUCUGAGUGCUCAACCACUCGGUUUCGUUACUCCAUUGGUCAUUGCUUUUGCGUACCCAUUGAUUGCCGGGCAAGUUGGAACCGCCCGUACUCCAUUGCUUGGCGGAGCUGUUGGAGCCGCAUUCGGAACUCAACUUGUGCUCGGACUUGUCUCUGGAUCACUAUCGUUCUCUUACUUGCUCUUGUCUGCUCUCUACAGUGCAGCUUCUGGUGCUAUUCUUCAAGUUGCCUUCAAGAACUUGACUGCUCAGAACAGAAUCCACAUGUACCAGAUUCUUUUGGUCUCUUCGUUCCUCUUCUCGAAGGCCCUCGUAUACGGAUUGUUCGGAUCUGCUGAGCCACCAAAAGCAUAGAGAACUUUGAUUUUGCCCCAAUAAAGUAUUGUCAAUAUUUCUACUUUUUAUGAAAUAAAAAAAUUUUUUUUGAAGA